AGAGAUUAUAAUAAGAAACAGGUGAGAAACGAAUCCCUUGAGGCAGAGAGAGGAUUCAGCGACUGCAUCGUCUUCAUCCGAUUAACUAACCAUCAGUCCAUCACCUUCAUCUUCAAAUCCUUUUCUAACCACCGUCGUCGUGACGAUACCUACCAACCAAAUGCUAUCAAUUAUCAAAAACAGGGUAAUGCAAAGACAACUUGUCAAUUUAUUUUCAUGAUUUCUUCAAGACGGCGAGUCAAGCUCGAUCUAAUUUAAGUGCAUCCAAACCUUACUGCUAAAGCUAGCAGCUAUCUUCUUGGACUAUAAAACAACACUUGGUUGAUUGUUGUGUUGGCUUGCAUAGUUACUCCCAACCUUCCACUGUGAACUUGUCAAUUAUAUGCUCCAACCAUGGAAAAUGUAAAGAAAGAUGGAGCCCAAGAUCAGAAGCAUGAUGAACUUGCUGAAUCACUAAAUGAUCUCUUCAGUAGUGUCGCCACCAUGAUCAAAUCGGAGCUUCAGGGGAGUAACAAUCAUCUAGAGCUAGUGGAGAAAAUGAAUGCAAAGGUUGCAGAAGAGUAUAAAGGGUUUGGUGAUUUGGCUUCAGGGCUAAGGGUCUUUGUGGAGCAAUUGAAAUGCAAGAGUGGUAGCUUUAACGAGUAUGUUGAGCAGAUUGAUGCUAUAGAAACGCAAGUAACUGAAUUUGAAGUUGUGGUCUCUAUGCUAGAUAAAUAUGUGGCUUCGUUGGAAUCAAGAGUUAUGUCUCUGUAUCAAACCAAAAGUUCACCAUCGUAAUCAUCAAAAAGAUCUACAAGUUGAGGAGACGGGUUGGACGAUGAGAAUAGUAUGCCCGACAUGCUAAUUUACAUAUUUUACUCAACUUGUAUCAUUUUGCUAAAGUUUAUAUAAAGUUUAUUUGGACCCUCAAAUUCCCUCAUAUCUGGUUUUAAACAAAGGUCUGCGUCUGUGAUAUGGGGUGCGAUCAAAAGGUUAUUGAUGUAUAGCUGAAACGGCAACAUGGUCGCAAUUGACCAGGUUUCUAUGCAAUAUCAAGAGUCGUGUUGCGACUGCAACCGGUUAUGUAAUCUCUAUUUGAAACCCUGUUCCGUAUUUUUGCUGUUAUAGAGUUUAUCUUCGAGUUACCUUGUUGACUAAGAAAGAACCCAUCAUCACUCCUAUAUGUAAAAAACUUUAUUAUAUGUACUUGGAGAACUAUUAGGUUGUUUUUAUAAAGGACACAGAAAUAUAAUAGUUAUAUAUCCUCAUAA